GGUUUACAUGUCUCGCUAACCCUUUCGGAGAGAGUGUAGUGGGGUAGGGAGAGAAAAUACAAAAGAGGAACGCUACAGUUACUGUCAGCAGCAAUGAACAACCAACAGUCACGAUGCUUUUGACCUCCGUGCGUGUCUUCUUGUCCCCCGUGUCACCCGGAAGCUGCUCACUGUGGAGCGGAGAUCAUCGGCUAAAAAUGCCCUGUAGGCUUAUAGCCAAUAAAAUAAAAUGAAAUGAUGGCUCUCAUUAAACCGUGACACCUUUUACAGCGAAAAGCCAUGCAAUGUCGUGCUCAUAAAGACGGACAGGAAUUUCUCGAGUGGCUUGACCUGCUUUUCUUCAACUAUUUGUGCGCCGCGUGGAGAGUUUGAAUACCAGUUGUUGUAUGCACUGCGAUCUAUGUGGAAACAUGAAGUGUGAUGCUUCCGGGCUCUCUCUCUCUCUUUCUCUCUGCCUUCAUCACUUUCUCUCGAUCUCAAUACAAUGUCACUUCUCAUGUCUUUGUCUGUGUGUGUGUGUGUGCGAUCAGGGUCUUGGGUCUUCCUAUCUUUGGUUUCACGGGAUAUUUCGCUCCAAAGGUAGGUGCAUUAUUCCACAACCUGCACCUGCAGUUAUAGUGGCUGAUCGCUUUCAGUAGCUAGAGUAAAUCGAUAUACUACCAGCAUGACGGAAAGGCUAUCUGACUAACCAGUUGAGAGUUUCUCCAAUACAGGAUCCCUUGCUUGUGGCAUUUACUACAGCUAACAGUCGUGUUCGGUAAAUAGAUAACUUGCAAGAGGCGACUGCAGUGUUUAGAGAAUAACAAGCACUCUAAUCUCAUGGCUCGACGAUCUUACUGACGCUGCAGGUUGUCUGGCCAGGUUGAAAUAACGUAUCUUGCUAGAAGCAUCCUUUAGCUUGUCAUCGACCUCUAACAUGUCCGAAUUCUGGCAGCAGCUGUCACUGGCUAGCAUCGGUCUUUGGAUGCUGUUCUUCUCCCUUGGCAUGUCGGCCCCGAGGGCACGCAACUCUGGUCGCCAAAGCGACAACUCGACUUCGUCAGAUUUCCACGGCACAGACUGGGCUUGCCCAGAUAAUGCCUCGCAAACCUUCGAUCCCUUCGCCAAGACUCUGACGGUGUACCAGCACAGCUACUUCGGUCAAAAUGAUUCCAAUCUUCUCAGUGGAACGCUGUUUUCUCCCGUCUUCAGCAGCCACAAGGCAGUAUACCGGAAGCAGGAGAUCGUCCAGCGCCUGCACGGAUUGAUCAAGGACCUCGCUUGGCACCUCUCGGCAGCCGGGGGCAGACAAUUCCGCACGGACUGGCAGCCCUCGACGGACGAGUUGAGGGACCUGGGAGGCGCGGAGGUGCUGCUGGUCUCCACCAUCGAGGAAAUGGCAUCCUUCAGCGUCAGCAGGUCCGGCCGUGUGCAGCCAGACGACCAGGUAACAAGGUUUGCCGCUUACCUGUUAGGAGACGUGCAUCCAGCAUCCAACGAUUCUCAUGCUGCCCCAAGGGAUACUACUGCUGCUGCUGACCACUCACGUCCGAACAUUCUGGCAAGCCGACUUACGAGUGACCGCAGGCGACGUAGUGACCUUCGACCUUCUUCCCGCAACGAGUGUGUCGGCCUCCGCGGCAGUCUCAACUGCACGCGGCUGGCAACUGCCCUUUCAACUCUGCACGCAAGUUUCGUGACCUUUUCUGAACGUGCGGGCAAAGGUCAAUUUGGCAACGUGCUGACGGCCAUCAGCAGCACUGUUACAGGGUUUCCGAGCGAGAGGUGGGCAGUGGAGGCGUUCGCCACUUACCUGACGCUCCUGCAGGUGGGGGGCUACGCUGCUUUGCACUUUGCGCUGCACGUGCAGAACAGAACAGAGGAGGCGCGACAAGUCACGUGUGUCAAAAACACGCGCUUCCAGCGACAGCACGCCAUCUUUGUCUCCGCGCUUCAAAACGCUUCUGAGGUGUCCAAAGUCAGCCACAUCAGGCGGGAGUACGAGCCGUACAGCGUGUGGCAGCUCGGGGCGGGGGUGGAACAGGGUCGCGUGGACAACUCCCAGAUCUCAGUGCUGACGGGAUGCCAGCUGUAUACUACCAUCGCCUCGCGCUUGUCCUUGCGCUGCUCCUUCUCCAAAACUCACAAGCGUGCCGACCCUGCCCUCUGGGCCUUUGAGGCAGGCCCCGCGAACUGGACAGCAGUCCCCGAGGGCAACAGCAGCCAGAAAAUCAGCAAAAAGCGCCGCGUUACUCGCAUCAACUCCCAGUGGCGGGAGGUAACGCACAAAGGGGAGGCACUGUGCGGGUUGGGCUUGGAGGUGAAAGACAAGGUGCUGGGUCUGAGUAUCAAGGUGUGUAACAUGCAACAAAAACAUGUCGGUCCUUUCCACAAAUGGAGACAAGUUCCCAAAGCCAACUGCACCGAGACACUGAAAAAAAAGUGGGUGGAGGUGGACACCAGACCCGAAGUGACGGACCUACCUGGGUGGGUCACCGGGGUGCGGUUGUACCGCAACUCAAGGGGGAGGCUGGCUCUGGAGAUGAAGAGACGGUUUCAGUUGUCAGAAACAGCAGCCGUCUAGAGUGUAGAAAAAAAAGAUUGUUUACAUGGCUCAAUUUUUUUCCCCAUCUCUUGUGAUGAUCAGGUUCGCAGGUUUGGAUUUCUCUGUAUUAGAGGAGAGCUAAUUGAGUAUUGGGCUGCUCCUCAUAUUUUCAUUUAUCGAGAGCAGGGAUGUUCACGCUGGUUUGUGCGAACUGUGUGUACUUUCGGUGACCAACUUUGAGUGCUUUUGACGUGUCGUCAAAGCGGAUCUCAGCUUUGUUCGCAUUUUUCCUGUUCUCAUUUCUCGCUGACACGGAUCUUCAUUUUCCUGCGAUUCUCGUGAGGUACAAUACUUCCCACUGUCGCUCAUUCAUGAACAAAGAAACAAGAAAAGAAAUAAACAUUCAACCAGCAAACGCGGUAGCUCUCUUACUUUCCCAAACCCUUACAUAUCUUUAAGACCAAUCGUUUUCAGAGAGAGUUGUCCACUAAACUGGUUUGUGGUCUGACAAUAUAUUACUCCAUCCUUAAGUAAUGUGUGCCUUCUUCUACUUGUAUAGUUGCAGCCUUUACUCCUUGUGCAAAUUUGAACACAUCAACUUUAGUCGUAAAUUUAAAGCAUUUUUUAUUUCUAACUAGACCAUUUGUUCAAACGUUUCUAACGUUAACCAUGUAUAGUUUUUUUUCCUCACCAGAAAAGACAAUUUCUUGCUUCAUGGUAUCAUUCAUGUACCUUCUCCAUUGUAACGCUGGUCACUUUUUGCCUAAUUGAUGACAUAGUGCAUGAAUUAUGUGCAAUUAACGCCUUGCACAAAGAAAGUCUUCAAUUAGUCCACCCAAUAACUCUUUAAUCUUCUGAAAAGUCAAAAAGUCAUUACAGUUCCCCAAAAUAUGAAGCACGAUCUCGCAGGACGUAAAACGUGCAGUGAACAGAAAAAAAAAUUUAGCAGACCACCAAUUUUGUUGUUUUGGUUGAAAAACAAACCAGAACAAACCCAGCUGUGCAUUGUUUUGAACAAGAAAUAAAUUGUUGGUUAGUUGUGGUGUCAAGUGUGUCAAGACAUUACGGUGCAGAAAAUCUUCACGGUGAUGUGGGUAUCAAUGUGGUGAGUACGACUCACAUGUUACGGAGUUGCCAUCCACAUAUGACAACCCGUUAAGAGUGAGAUGUAAGCAGAUGUGGUGCAUCCUGUCCCCUAAGCAAUUCUCUAAUAUUAGAAUAGUCAAUCCGACUUGUAACUUUUUUUUAAUAUUAGAGAGCGUGACCAAAUCUUUUUCUUGAAGAAAGAGAAGGUAUUUAAAGUUUAUCCAAGACUGGAAGGAAGGGUGUGUGCAGCAAGCAGAACUACCCCGGAAAGGCUGUGGAUUUUCUUCGUACACGAACAGUUGUCGGGAGGGAUAAUUGAAUGUGUGAUUAUAAAUUAUGAAGAUGAUUAAGAUAAUGGUCGUGGUGUUGAGGAAUAUAACGAAGAGGUGAAUUUACAGAGCGCCUCACCUUUAAGAAGCUCGAAGCGCUUUACGAGUUCACUAGGACUUCAUCAACCUUAUCACAAGCACCAAUGACCAAUGGUUGACGAGCGAAUUCAUAAUUGAUUUAAUACUGUUUUUACUAACUUUGCAACUUCUGUCCAUUAUAAAGAAGUAGCUCCAGGGGUAUUAAAAUAUUCUGUAUAGUUUCUACUUUUAUUGAAGUUUUUACUUCGGCUGGCAGCACAGUAGGUUUGUUGACAGCAUCACCACGUUGCCUUGAGCUACGAUGUCACUAAGUGGUAGGAAUUUUUCAGCUCCCACUUAAUCUUACGCAUACACCGUCGUGUAUACAGGAUCCAUCGUUGCCUGAACAUGGACAGUUUUCAGUGGAUUCAGUGGAUGUGACGAUUAAUGCGGUAAUUAGCAAGCAGCCAAAUCACGCGUGACGUGGAAGACAUGACAAUGGCCACAUAAUGGCAGAUGCCGGCAUUGGGGUAGAAGAGAUCGCAUAUUACAGGGCAGCGAAGAACAGUUUUCCUGACACUUAACUCUUGAGAAGAAGAGAAGCCGCCUUUCUUCUCAUGGACCUCUGCUACUGUUUGGCAUGCUCACUCAACUAUUUUCGCCGCAGUGACAAUCUUCGUGCACCCCGAUCUGACCCUUUCCGUCAUCUUCCGCCUUACACAAGCUCAAGUCUCUGUGUUGUUCGUAUGUUGACUGACAAAAACUUCGCUUUUAACUCCCGUUUCUUUGCCGUGUAACGCAUCCAGAUCUUGAAAACUUCGUAUCUAACAGCGAGACUGAAGAUGUCUUCGCUAGUUUUCAAAACAACCUUCAAGCUGUUAUGCUCUUCGUCAAAUUUUGAACCAGCUGCAGGAAUGUGUGCAUGAGCAUAUCCGGACGCACAUAUGGAGAUGGGAAUUCUUACAUAAACCGACGUUUAGUGUGCAAGGGUUAGUUGGCAAGUCUGGUGAAAAACUGCGUUAGGUUCAGUUUGAUAUGUUUUUAAACACGCUCAAUUUUUAUGUUUGUGUCAUAUUUAUAUAAUAAAAUUUUAACCACUUA